UGACAUUUCGUAUCUAUACACCACACAUAAUGUCAAAAUUAUUCAAAAUAAUAUUUUGUGUGUACGAUAAAUAAGAAUAAAAUUAUCAAAAUAUCGUUUUCAUUAUACAAUGGAAGUUCUAACAACUUAUACAGGAGAAGAAGAACAGUUAGUAUCGUCGGCACUGAAGAAGAAAGAAGAAAAAAUCUACACGAAUCGUGUUUUAGAAAAGCAUUUCAUUCUUCGUAAUACGUCGAUUCAGUAUUAUUUUCUACGGCUGUCGGUAGAAAGCAAACGAAAACUUAUUAUAAAAUUUGUGAAACGACUCAACUCUCCUGCAAGUCUUUAUCAAAUAUUUAGCGUCAUGUCUUUGGGUCACGCCAAAAUGGACGUCUACUCGAUCGUAGAUCCCGAAACUAAUUUCGUAUACGAUAAAUUAAUCCUGGAUCAUAAUAGAAUGUUGGGAGAGAAAACUUUGGAAGAAACCAUCGAAAAUGAUUUGGAAUGGUUCGAAACUUUAGACGACUAUCAACAAAUUAACCUUACCUUAGGAUUGAUAAGGAUAUCAGGAGGAAAUGUUAAAAGAAAUUUGUACAUACCUCUAUACAGGAUCUACAGAAAAUCAAUAUGUGAGUUGCAUUGUAAACAAUUCCCGAAAAGUGUUAAAUCAACGGUUGUACUCGAGGAACCACCACAAGAAAAUUCCCAAAUUUACGAUCCCAAACACCCAGAAACCAUCGAAGUGGAAAAACAAAGAAAAAAAUGGUUCGAUUUAAUACAAAAAUAUAAACAAGAAGUUAUGCAAGAAACAACCAAGAAAAAAAAUAAAGACAAGAAAAAAACGAAAGAAAAGGAAAAGAAAGCUACAAAGUCGAGUAAAAAAGAAAAGAAUAAAGGGAAAGCAAAAAAAUUCGUGGAUGAUAUUGUUACCUUCAAACAAAUAGAUCUAAUCCAGCUUCUACCAAUUUGGAUUGUUAAAAAAAUUUUCGGUUACAUCGAUACCAAAAUUCUAGUUAAACUAAAGCAGGUCAACAGUUACUGGGCUUUCGUGAUAUCCGAAUUGAUUAAAGAAAAAAAUGCUAGGCAAAAACUCGAUGCCGCUCUGGAUAAAAUGAAAGCUGCUAUGGACCAAGAAGUUUUCGAAAGAGCCGAACAACAACCCGAAGAACAACAAUCCAAACCUAUUGGAAAAAAAGUCUUCUACGAAUUGGGCGCUAUAGAUAAAAAAAUAGUUCCUAAAAACCUCAAAGGAUUAGUCGACGCUGGUAUAGAUACAGAUGCAGCUAAAGCACGCGUCGAUGAAUAUAAUAUGAUUACGGGAGAAUGGGUGCAUUUUCCAAGGUUCAUGAAGGAAGAUUUGGAAUUGUAUAGAUUUAGACCUGGAUUUUUGCAAGACGUUGGUGUUGAAUUCGACAUUGUGAAUGAAAUUGAAAGGCAAAAAUCUUUUCUCACAUACUCGUUAUCGAAAUCUGUUUGCAGUUUGAAGAUUUCUAUAAAACCUGAGAUGCUAGAUGAAUGGUAAUACUGAUAUGCUUUUCAUUUUCCGUUAAAUUAACAUAAUAGCGUCUUAUACUUUUUUCUUAAGUUUAAAAAGGUAAAAAAGGUUUUCCAUGAAAUUUUUCUAUUUUGUUUAAUGGAAAAAUCAUUAAAGAACUUC